CAAAUAAAAUGACCAACAAGUUAUCUGCUUUGACCGAAGGAUGACUGGUAGAGAAUGCCUUAUAGCAUUAAGUCCAGCUUUAGUACGUUUGUAUUUUCUUUUGUACAAUAAAGAUUAAAAAAAUAAAAUAAAUAUGACUUAAAUAUACAGAAGAUAAUCUCUUUAUUGGCGCACAUCAGCAAAAAAGAUACAAUAAAAAUUAAGAAAUGUGUUUCGUCUUCCAUUUUACAUUUAAGGGAAAUAACAAUUCGAUUAAAGGUAGAGACAGGAAACAAGUGCUCUUAUCGCUAAAGAGCGAUCUCUUCCAGAAAAACUAAAUAUAGGAUAAACUUCACUUAAUUGAUGUUGUAAGCCUUUUAGCGUUCGAAAUUUAACUUUCCCUUUUGAAUUGGAAUUUCUUCCCGUAAAUGGUAAUAUUUUCAAGAGCGUUCUCACAAGAAAACUGGGAUAAAUUUAAAAUUGAUAAUAUUCCUCGAUGAAAUUCAGGACUUUAUUACGCUCAUUAUUAGAAACACAGUCUACAUGUUCGAGUAAGAACGUCUUCUUAUCUGUAGGAACGUGAUGUUAAAUAUUAGAAAAAAGACUUAUUUAAGUCAUUAGUAAUGAUUAUUUUUCCGGUGGUCGUUUACAAAAAACCGCGUGAAGCACUGAAUUGUGAGCUCUUAUUUGUAAAUUUUUACACGUAUAUAAGAGAUAACUUAUUCGUUUUUGAUCUAUAUAGGUACUCAACUAGCUAAUUACUUUCAGAAAUUGUGUAGAUUUUCAACCUUAACGACCUGUAUCUAGAUUUUGUGCCUUCUUGCCCCGACAUUCACGUAAUCAAUAGUGGCAGCUGUAAGUAGCUCAUGACUUGAUAUCAAUGCAUUUUACUGCAAUCAAAUGGACGUUUUAUCGUCACGUUUCCGUUUAGUAAUUAUUGUGGAGCGUUAAAACCUCACAUCGAAAUUGCUCAGAAAUGCCUGUUAAAACCGUGCUUAUUAUUACUUUCUUUUAUAUUUUACUUCAGUCAAUAAAUGCACGCGAAGACAAUGUUAUGACAGGACACAUUGUUGGGGGAUUUUUGUCUAAAAUAGAAAGUUUCCCUUUUUCGGUAUACAUCAGUAAAAGUUGUAACCUGUAUCGAAAUUCGAGCUGCGGAGCAUCGAUACUGAAUCAAGUAAUAUUAUUAACUGCAGCGCAUUGUUUUAAGCAGUGUGAUCCGUUUACAAUUAAUGCUUAUUCUGGUUCCGUACGUAAAUAUUCAGGCUUUGAAAAUAAAGUCAUCGGUUUCAAAAUACAUGAAAAGUACCAUCCAAUCCGCCAUAGCAAUGACAUCGCUCUUUUGAGAUUGGAAACGGAACUAAUUUUUGGGAGGACAGUGAAGAGAAUUAUUUUGAUGAAGUAUCCACCUAACAAUACAUUGGCUGUUGUCGCUGGAUGGGGCUGGAUAGAUUCCAAAGGUACAAGAGGUGAUCUCCUAAAACAUACUCCUCAGCUAGUCUUAGAUCGAGAAGCCUGUGCUAGCCUUCUGGGUAAUAGAGAAAUACCGAUGGGAAUGAUAUGCGGAAAAGACACAGACGGUGAAAGCUAUCCUGAGAAAGGAGACUCGGGCAGCCCCCUGGUAAUCCACAAUAACAUUCAGAUCGGGAUCGUUUCCUUCAAAAGAAGAGAAUAUACAAAUCACACCAUCGCAUACACCCACGUCCCAUACUUCUACGACUGGAUAGUCAAAAAUGCAAGGAAAUUGUAUUGCGAAUACGCAAAUAGGACACAUAUGAUGCCCCUUUUUACUUUUACCUCUCGCUGGCCAUUCGAGCAAUGUGAUCUCGCUAAGGGUGUUAUUUGAAGAUACGCUGAUUAAAGCGAAUUAUUUCGGAUUAGUUAGCUAAGUUUAUGGAAAUAAAUGUUGUUACAAGUAGUACAUAUUA